ACAAGCCGAAAAUGCUGUUGAUUAAAUUUGACACUUCGCGGCCACCAGAGUUUGCUUCCGGGUGAAAUGCAGAAAAGCCCGCGUACUUCCAUGUCUGCAGAGCAAGUACUUUCGUAAAAAAAUAAUAAUACCGUAUUUAGCUAUAAAUAUAUAUUCGUUAACUAUUUCGCAAUGACAUGCAGAAGAGGGGCUCUCAUUGUGCUCGAAGGAGUGGACAAGGCAGGGAAAACGACACAGUGUAACAAGCUAGUCCAAACACUGCAGGAUAGUGGACGGCCAGCUGAGAUGAUGAGAUUUCCGGAAAGAACUACAAAGAUCGGCCAGCUGAUAAACUCCUAUCUUGAGAACAAACGCAACCUGGAGGACCAUACAGUGCAUCUGCUGUUCUCUGCCAACCGAUGGGAACUGGUGCCUCUGAUGAAGGAGAAGUUGGAGCAGGGCAUCAGUCUGGUGGUGGAUAGAUACGCCUUCUCUGGAGUGGCCUUCACCAGCGCCAAGCCUGGUUUCGGUCUGGACUGGUGUAUGAAUCCUGACGUGGGGCUGCCCAAGCCAGACCUGGUGAUGUUCCUCCAGCUCAACCCCUCCGAGGCGGCCCAGCGGGGCCAGUUUGGGACAGAGCGAUAUGAGACCAGCGUCUUCCAGAAGGCCGUACAGCAACAGUUUGAACUUCUGAUGAAGGACCCCUCUGUCAAGUGGCAGGUGAUUGAUGCAGCCAGGAACAUUGAAGAUGUGCACACCGACAUUAAGAACCACAGUGUAAACGCCAUCAAUGCAGCAGAGAAUGAGCCAAUUGGGGAGCUGUGGAAGUGAGCCUUGACCAGGAGACCCAAUUUAUCCUCUGGAGAUCACACUGGCCCUGAUUCCACCGGACAGUGCCUAGUACACGAGGAGAAGUCAGAGAGGGUAAAAAAAACUUGAAUAUGAAACUGCACUACAGACUGUAUGUUAUGAUAUUUAAGUGGGUGUAGUCAACUCUUUCAAAUUAUUAUUUCACUAAAGACCACAGCCAAAAACUAGUAAAUAAAAUAAAUGUCCAAGCUGUAA